AUGGAGUGCAUCAGCCAAAUCAUCAACAUAAUAUCUAGAUGGUGGGAUCCAAUCGCUCGUCCCAUCAUUGAGCUUGAAGACAGCUUCAGCUCCCUAGAGGAAGCUAUUGAAGAAUUGAAAUGCGUGAGGAAUGACGUGAAGACAAGGGUGGAUGUCGCUGAGCGGGAGCUGCUCAAAUGCAAGGACGAGGUUCAAUUUUGGCUGAAAAAGGUAGAAGAAGCCGAAGGAGAAGUGAAUGCAAAGGAAGAAACUUUCAAGCAAAUGAUGAGGUGUCUUUGGAAUUGCCAUCCAAAUUGUUGGUCGGCCUACAGGCUUGGCAAGUGGGUGGAGAAGAAGCUGAAGGAUGUAGCUGUGCUGAAGAGCAAAGGUGAUUCCUUCAAAGAGGUGGCGAACAAGCAACUUCCCGAUGCUGUUGAAGAGAAGCCUCUUACAUUAGCUGUGGGCAGGGACUUGGUGUUGGAGAAGGUUCUAAACUGGAUUGGCCAAGGCAAAGUGGGAGUUAUUGGAAUAUAUGGAAUGGGGGGUGUGGGGAAAACAACACUCCUGAAUGAUAUCAAUAACCGAUUCCUUAAAAGAAAUGAUGAUUUCUAUGUUGUGAUAUGGGUGGUGGUGUCUAAAGAAUUAAAUGUGGGAAAGAUUCAGAUGGAUAUUGGCAAGCGAUUGGGCUUGUCUUGGCAAGAGAAUGGAAGCAACAACCAGACACGGGCUCAUGACAUUCGCAAGAUCUUGAGCAAUAAGAAAUUCAUGCUGUUGUUGGAUGAUAUUUGGGAAUCGUUGGAUCUAGAGAUGGUCGGAAUUCCUCAUCCAAGCAGCCAAAGCAUGAGCAAGGUCGUUUUCACUACACGAUUUGAGUACGUCUGUGGACCCAUGGCUGUGGACAAGAAGAUAAAAGUAGACUGUCUCCCUGAGAAAGAAGCAAUGGAUCUAAUGUUGGUGAAGAGGCCAUGA